AUGGAGUUGGCUUUAAAUUCGAAUAGUUUCAAAUUAACUGAUUACUUAUAUAAGCACGAGAAAUCUAAGAGACCAAUGAUGAAACGUCUUGUUAAACGAGUGAAAUGUAGUAAUAAAAUGUUGUACUUUAAUAAAUGGUUUGAAAAGGAGCAUGAUUAUUGUUUACCAAUUCAAAAAAUCAAUAACGUAAGUUUAAAUAUGUAUAGAUUAUUUAAAAAAAAUAUUUGUAUAUGAUGUAAAUCUAUUUAAAUGUUAUUAAUAUUUUAUUAAAGUCCAUUAUUGAAGAUAAUGAUAAAGAUUGUGUGAAUAACACUACAUCAUCAAGAUCAGAAAAUCCAUUAUCGGUCAAUCCAAAAAUAGUGACAAACUUAGAAAAAAUAAAUGUAACUGACAAAUUAUCUAGCUGUAGUUUAUAUGCUAUAGAUGUUACCACAAAGUAAAUUGUUUUUAUGUCGGGAAAAUCUGACUUUUUUUUUUUUAUCAUAAUUCAAUUGUAUUGUUUCUUUUCAAUUUUCAAUUAGAUUACUUAAAGAUGCCCUAUUAGAAAGUAAAAUGGAGCAAUUAAAUUACGAACAAUCAACUGUCAUAUCAAACGAUUGUAUUAAUUCUUCUUAUAAUUCUGCUUAUAAUAACCAACCUAAUUAUAAUCAAAAUGAUACAACCAUGAGGUAGUUAUAAAAAAAAAUAAAUAUAUUUGUAUGUAUCGAUUUUGUGAAUAAUUUAUUACUGCUAUAUAAUAUAUUUUGAUUAAAAUGUUAUAAUAUUUAAUAUUUACUUAAAUUUCCAAGUUUUAGAUUUAUAGAGUUUUUUUAUUUUUCAAUUAGAUUGAAUUCUGAAAACAUCAUUCAAAAAAUUGAUGAUAAAAUAGAAAAAUCAUGUAUUUCAAGAAAAUCUACACCACCUAAAUUAUUUUCCCCAAUGGAUAUUGAUGGUGAUAUAAUUAAAUUGUUCCCAACUUUAGAUUUUUCAACAGAGCAUAAUUUAAAUGAGUAAUUAUCAAUUAUUAUUUAUUCAUAAAUCAUUUUUUUUUUAAAUUUUAUGUUUAUAUUUUAGAAAGCUGGAAAACAAUGAGAGUAAAGAAAUGGAUAUUAAUAAAAUAAUUUCUCCUCUAAAUACAGAUGAGAUUAAAAGUGAAACAAUGUUUUCACUAAGUAGUUCAUCACCUGACACAGUUUCUAAAGUGUCAUUAUCUGUACAACAAGAAGAUGUUGUUAAACAUAAAUGUAUAGAUAAUACUAGUCAACCUAAAUCAUCAAAUGAUUCACAGCCAGUUUCUGCUGUUGGUUCAAAAAACAUGAUAGAUAGCGAAUUUGUAUCCAAUCAAUAUAUAAAUAUAUUUAAUCGGUAUCAGGUAAUUUAAUGCUUAAUAUUUCAUUUGUCCCUUAAACUAUUCCUUCACUGAAUAAAAAAAAAACACUUACGUUUAAAUCUAUAGAAUUGUAUAUAUCAAUAUAUAUAUAUAGAGUUAUCAAAUACAUUGCACUUUCACUUAUUGUCAUACAAUUCUUUGAUUUAAUUUUUCUUCAACUAUUCAAAUUAAUUUCAGAUAAUAUAUAUGGCAUUUUUCAUGUAUCAUUUUAGGUUUAUAGUUUUUUUGUAAUUUUAAAUUAUUAAACAUUCAAAUUUGUCAAUAAUUUUAAAACAAUUAUACAGUAGGUACAUCAGUUGCAGAGUGAUGUAGAUGUAUAAAUACAUAGUGUCCCAUAAAUAUAUGCCCAUUGCAAUAGCUUUGGACGUAAAGAAGAAUAUCAUUUUUUGUUUUGGUAAAUUUGAAUAACGUAAUUAUAGCCUCUGGCAUAAUUAUAGAUACUUUUCUCUGAAUUUUAAAAAAUUGAAAAUCACGAAUUCAAAUAAAAUAAAAAGUUGAAAAGUUUAACAUGUUCAAAAGAAUACACUCUUUAAAAUGGCUAUCUUCAAAUUUUCCAAAAUAUUACAUUUUUUUUUUAUUUGGCAAAAACAAAAAAAUGUAUUGAAAUAUAAAUAUAUAUAAAAAAAAAAAAAACAGAAUUUGAUUAUCUUUAUUAUCUCAGGAAAUAUUGCAACGGGUACAUCUUUGUAGGACACCAUAUUUAAUUUGCCAACACAAUUAAUGACGUCUUCAUUCUUUGUCAUCAUUUGUAGUUGACAAAUCAAAUAAAUAUAAUAAAAUAUUAUUUUAAUUAUUAAAUUAGAAAAGUGUAAAUUACAAUAUAAUAAAACAACCUGUACACAUUGUUCUGUAAAAAAAAAAAAAAAAAAAAAAAAACACAGAAAUAUAAUGAUUGUUUUGAAAAUUUAUGUCAUUAUUUAACUCUUUAAUAUCAACUAUGUGCGCCAUUGAAAUUCUUUUUUAUUUAUUCGAGCUUUGCUCAACAUUAUACUAAAGCCAUAUAUGAAAUAUUAGCUGUAUGCAACCAUUUUUCAUUGUUUAAUUAUAAUAAUAAUUUAUAUAGGGCAAGUCAAAAGAACAAAUUAUUGAACAAGUUGAAAAUCCAGGACCUUUAUUAUUGAGUGAUCUUCUUUGUGGUUCAAAACCUAAAACUAUAAUAAGCCCCUACACGCAUAGGUAAUGGUAAUACAACUUUGCAUAAUUUAUUUAAUUUUAUUUAUUUAUUGCAAUUUUGUAUAAUUUAGGUCAGUUAGUCUUAGUUAUAUAUAGAUUGAAUCUUAAAAACCUGAACUGGAGUUUAGUUGUUAUUUAAUUUUUUAUACUAUUAAUCACUAGAAAUACAAAAUAACAAUAUAAAAAAAAAUUGAAUGUGGUUACUAAUGUUGUUGGUUGUAACUUUAAUUUAAAAAUACUAUAAUAUAUAAAUUCUUAACAAGUUUUCAGUAGAGUCCUUAAAUGUACAAUCUAAUUAGGAUUUUCAUAAUUUUGGUCAUCACUAAGAAAAGGUUAGGAAUGUUUGAAAUAAUCAUGUAUUUACAUUUUAAAUAGUUUGGUAUAUUUUUUUUAUGUAUAAAAUUUCCUUGUGGUCUCAAUUUACCAAAAAAAAAAAAACAAAAAUUAGAACUUGCUAAUCGCAUAUUUAGUUUUUCCAUUUUAAUAUCAGGGAAGUAACGAUAUUUUCAAUUGAAUCACAUUGACUCAUUAAGUUCUAAAGUUACAAGUUUUUACAUAGUUUUUUCUUAAAGAUCAUAAAAAAAUGUAUAGGAUUCACUUGGAAUCGAGUGAAAUUGUACUGUUAUUAGAAUAGUUCAUUUGUAGAAAUCUAUACAAAUUCUCAGAUUUUUUUAAAUUUUCAAUUUGUCUAUAUAUAUAGUAUAUAAUACAUAAUAUAGUCUAUGCAGCUGAUCUAUAUCUAAAGACUAAUAGCAAGGUCUUUUCAUAACUUACAAAAAGAACCUUAUUUGAACAUUUUUGGUAUUCAACUUUAAACAUUAAUAAAAAAGUUUUUUAACACAUUUUUAUAGAUUUCUAUAAAUGAGCUAUUUUGAUAACAGUACAAUUUUAUUUGAUUCCAAGUGAAUCCUAUGCAUUUUUUUAUGAUCUUUAAGAAAAAACUAUGUAUAAACUUGUAAUUUUAGAACUUAAUGAGUCAAUGUGAUUCAAUUGGAAAUAUUGUUACUUUUUUCUAUGUUAUUUAAAUGGAAAAAUUAAUUAUAAGCAAGUUUUAAAAAAAAAUUUUCUGGAUUCAAAUGAUUUUUGGGUAAGUUGGAGACGACCACAAAGAAGAAAUUCCCUAUCUCAAUUAAAAAAAAAAAAAAAAGUUAAAAAUUAAAACUGCUUAAUAAAUUUAUUAUUAAGUUUACUAUAUCAUCAAUUUAUUUUACUUUUUAUUUUCAGACAUUUGAAACCAUAUAUAUUUAGAGACCCAGUGACUAAACCAUUGUGGUUACAACUGCUGACUGAAUUAAAAGAACAUUUUAGAAAAAAAAAUAGAUUAACUAAAUUCAUAGAAAUUGAGACAAUUGACUACAGUUAUGUUCGAGCAAAACAUAUACAAUCAUUAAAUGCAUUGGCUAGAGAAUUUUUUUGGCCUGGUAUUGAUUGUAAGAAUUUGUAUUAAUUUAAUUUAGCACUAUAUUUUACAAAUUUUUAAAAUUAAAAUUGUCUGAUUAUGUUAUUUAGUAAGUGAAAGUCUAUUGUAUCCAGACUUUAGUGUCAUUGCAUUGUAUAAAAAUUUGAUCAUUGGUUUUGGUUUUAUGGUUCCCGACAUAAGUACAAAUGAAAAUUAUAUAACAUUUUUGUUUACUCGUCCUUAUUGGACUAACUGUGGCAUUGCUAAGUUCAUGAUAUAUCAUUUAAUCCAGGUAAUUAAAAAUGUUAGCAUAACAUGAUAAAUGCCAUCUUAUCUCAAUAUUUUCUUUUGUAGACUUGUAUGAAUAGAGAUAUUACAUUGCAUGUUUCUCCAAACAAUCCAGCGAUGAUACUCUAUCAACAAUUUGGAUUUAAGAUUGAAGAAUUUGUUCAAAAUUUUUAUGAAAAUUAUAUUCCUGCAGAGUCGGAAAUGUCUAAACAUGCUUUAUUUUUACGUUUACGUAGUACUUUACAAAGCAAAUGA